AUGAGCUCGUGUUUGUGGGCCACGGAGGCUGCACGACGGAAACGAAAACCAUUGUUCCCUGGCUCAUCUCGAUUCAACGCCUCAGAGCUCCACCACGGCGUGCAAAAAACCCGUGAUGGUGUGGCUUCGAUGCAAGAGCUGAUCAGUCCGUUGGCUUCCGAUUUGAACUCCUUCAUUGAUCUUUUGAACAACGGAGACAAGGAAAAGGUACUUCUGCACGUGGAGUAUAUGGAGUCGACGAAGCUAGAGUCAGUUCCGGUGGAGUCGAGCAUGGAUGAGUCCUCAUCACGACUAUGGAGUGCUGGCGGGUCCGCUACUCCAGACUUGACAACGGUGAAGACUGAGAGGUUCGAGAACACACUACUGCUAGCAGAGGCCAUCAGGUCUGAGGUUCGAGACGAGCUAAAGGAGAAUGAGAAUAAGGGGAUGAGAAGAGCCUCUACAGUUGAACCUGUGAAGAAGGAGCCUACUAGAGUCGAGGCAGAUGUCGACGAGGAAGAGCCAAGCGAGAAAGAGGAGGAGGAUGAAGAGAAUCAAUUUAAUGCCGUCAACAUAGAGGAAAGCAAUGGUAAGGCAAACUUGCCAGAUCAGAUAUCCAGUGCCACGAAUAUUCCAGAAGAGACCCCUGUGGGUGCAUCUCUGCCAAAUCUUCUGCGAAGGAUCAGCAAAUUAGAGAUAAGAGAAGAACCGGAGAAUGAAAGCAUAUCACAAGAACAGAUUGAACAUCAGGAACAGCCGACAAGUCCGCCUCAAUUGACUUCUGACAAGCCAAAUCAACUUGAGGAACCACCAAAGGAGCAGAAGUCAGUACGUGUGAAGGUCGAAGACUCAGAUUCAGAGGUCAGUGAUACAUCUUUUCAGGCGAUCAGCAGUGCCAUCCGUAAGAGUUUUGCAGGCAAGGUUUCCAUGGGCCAGUCUGAGCAAGCGGCACAGUCACCUGGUCUGUCGAAAAAGAAUUCUCUGGGGUAUUCACGGAGAUCUAGUGGCAAGAAUUACGUCAGAAUCAAGCAAGAAAGUGAUGAGAUGCGCUCUCGUGACAGCGGAUCUCUACUGACAGCGAAAACAGCACCCUCUGUCACCAACCGUGUCUCCAAACGUACAUCUGUAUUUGUGUCGCUACCUUCCAGAGAACCAAUAUCCUAUCUGUCCAACAAACGACAAUCCAUCAAGGUAAAGGUCGAAGAACCUGACAAGUCGAUACCUACUGUCAAUCUGGCAUUGACUCAGGCGGCAAAUCAGCCGUCCGUAAGACCCUCCAAAAUUCCUGUCGACAUCACAAAUGAUAGAAGAGAUGCACCUUCAACGAAGAGCCUUUCCAAACCCACGGGUGCCAAAGCAUCUCUUGCUGAACCCACAAAAAAUUCCGACACAAUUCUUCAAGAUUCAGAGACGAAAACCAAAUUAUCUAGAGCGGCUUCAUCCAGGUCACCCACGAAGCACAGCUCUCCAUUGUAUGCUGCAUCGAUGAGGUCUAGAAGCAAGCCCGGGAGCUCGCAAAGUUCUCGAACUACAAAUCUCGGCUCUCCACAACACGGUCCACCCCGUUUGUCAACGAGUGAACGUAAGCCAAGAUCCAGGAGUAGAUCUCCCGUCAAGGCAUUACAGAAGAACACCAUCUCCCCUCGAAAAACACCUACCGUUCAACAAAGGUCUCCCUUGAGAGCUUCUCGAAGAACUUCUCCAGAUAAAGUUCCGCAAUUAUCAAGUGCACCAAGCUCGAGAUCCCCAACACGAUAUGGAAAUGGUGAAUUGAGUGGCGACGAGCCGGGAAGAUAUUCAGUUGCAACGUCUGCGUCGGCAUCGACCCCUGGUGGAACCAAACUCUCAGAAGGACUUCAAAUGGCACCUUCGUCGACUGGCUUGACUAAAUCAGCCCAAAAAUUGGGAAAGGAGAAACGAUCCCAAAACAAGUUUCUUACAACAACGCUAAAUCCACAACAGCCUCCUCAAUUCAACCCAGUCAAGACAAGAAUCAAAAACCCUUCACCAAUCAAACGGUUUUUGGAUACCGAUGCCGAGAAGGAGCGCAUUGAGUUGAAGGAAAGGAGAAUGAGAAUGAAUGAGCUUGCCGCAAACAAGGUUGCAUUGCCCCCACUGGGCAAUAAUUUUAAUGAGUCAAAGAAGAGUUUACAAGCAACGAGAAGGUCACCACCAAGAAAGAGAGCCCCCAGUCCCGUGAAGAGAGAACCACUGCCAUCAAGAGAUGAGGCUAGAGCUUCCAACAAGAUUCGCAAAUUGGGCGAGACCGAAUCUGUCGGCCUUUCCAGAAGAAGAGCUGCAGUUGGCAACGCCCAACCUUUGCCCGAAGCUGCUAGGGGCCGCUUCGUGAGAGAACGUGCUAAGGAGAAGCCCAAGAUCGAGGAAAAGAGAACACCAAUACGACCCAGUGGUAGAUCCACAAAGACGCCCAUCAGAGUGGGCGUUUCUGGAAGCCCUGCAAUAAGAGGAGAUGCACUUCCUGAAAUUCCCUCUGAUGACGAAUCUUUAAAAAAGCAGAAAUACUUCAAAAACUGGGCGAACACUCCAGAACUCCAGAAGCUUAUCCAGAGUAACCACAAACUCAACCCUGCCGAGAUCUUUGGCGAAGUCUCGGACUUACGCAUGGACGAGGUGUUCGAGUCUACAUCCGGCGACAAAAAAUAA